AUGAUCCUUCCUCAGGCGAGUCCCCCCGCCGCCGCCGCCCCCCCCCCGACGCGCGACCGCAGGCCGCAAGGCCCGUCGCCGGGCGGCGCCUCGGACUGGGACGAGCGCACGGACCCGAGCUCGGGGAAGAUCUACUACUACAACAAGACGACGCAGGAGACGCCCGGCUACAAGGGCGCGGAGAGCACGCCCGAGGCCGCCGCCGCGGCGGCGACGGACCCGGCCAAGUGGCUCAGCAAGGUCGACGAGGCGUCGAAGCGCGAGUACUACUACAACACCGUGACGAAGGAGACGACGUGGACGAAGCCCGAGUGCCUCGGGUCCGCGCCCGCGAAGGAGGCGGAGCCCGUCAUGACGGCCAAGUCCGCGCCGGCGGCGCCGCCCGCCGCCGCGCCCGGCGCCGGCGAGCAGAGCGUCGAGGAGCUGACGGAGCUCUACGCGGGCAUGGAGUUCAAGACGUUCGCCGAGGAGAACUUCCAGCUCUGCCGCAAGGGCAUGUUCAAGACGAAGACGGAUUUGGACAAGGUGACGCGCUGGAAGAACGAGCUCAUGAAGCUCGCGCUGCUCAACUUCAAGGACGGCGAGCUCCAGGCCGAGGCGCUCCAGACGAACCGGAACGUGCUCGGCUUCAUGGGCGACCGCAAGAGCGGCAAGGACACGAUCGACCACUGCACGAAGAUCAUGCACAACAUGCUCCAGUCGCCGGAGGAGCUGCGGAACGAGGCCUACUGCCAGAUCAUGAAGCAGACGACGGAGAACCCGUCGGGCGAGUCGACGGUGCUCGGCUGGAAGCUGUUGGCGGUCUGCCUCGCGACGUUCCCGCCUUCGGACGCGCUCGCGCCCUACCUGGGCCACUUCUGCGCGACGAACGUGGCGUCGACGCAGGAGGACGGCGACGUCAAGGUGGCGGACGUCGCCGCGUUCUGCCUGAAGAAGGUGCCGCAGAUCUGCAAGCUCGGCGCGCGGCGCGAGCUGCCGACGCCCGUGGAGAUCGAGUCGACGAUGCGCAUGGACAAGGCCUGGGUGCGCGUCUUCUUCCUCGACGCCAAGUACGUCACCCUCAAGGUCGACGCGUGGACGACGGCGGCGCAAUUCGCGGCGCAGAUCGCGGGCCUCCUGGGCGUCGCCGACGGCGCGCCCUUCUCCGUCUUCGAGGUGUCGACCGAGGACGAGGAGCGCGUGUUGGACGCCGACGAGCGCGUCCUGGAUCUGGUCGCGUACUGGGACCGCCUCGAGCGCGAGGCGCGCGAGAAGAAGGGCAAGAAGUCGGAGGUCGAGGAGUUCCACUUCGCCUACAAGGUGCGCCACUUCUUCGACGUCAAGGACGGCGACGACGCCGCGGUGGAGCUCAUCUACGUCCAGGCGAAGCACGACGUCGUCGACGCGCGCUACCCCUGCGAGGCCCAGGACGCGAUCACGCUCGCCGCGCUCCAGGUCCAGGAGGAGUUCGGCGACAUCCCGACGGACGGCGACUGCUGCUACCUCAAGGGCAACCUGGGCAAGUACCUCAGCGCCAAGGAGCUCGAGCGGUCCGACGACGGCGAGCUCGAGGACCAGCUGCUGAAACUCUACGCGAAGCUGUCGGGCUACAGCGCCAAGGAGGCGCGGCUCUCGUACCUCGACUACGUCAAGAGCUGGAAGAUCUACGGCAGCUCCUACUACUUCGCCGAGCCCAAGCAGAACCGCGACUUCCCGUCCGAGGUCGUCCUCGCGAUCAACGCCAAGGGCAUCCUCGUCGUGGACCCGGACACGAAGGAGUUCCUCCAGGAGUACCCCUACUCGCAGGUCGUCACCUGGGGCCACUCGACGAACUCCUUCGUCGUCGUCACCGGCGACGCCGUCAAGCAGACCAAGGUCUACUUCAAGACGGAGCAGGGCAAGGAGAUGAACGUCAUGGCCGGCAUGGCCAGCGGCGGCAGGGCCUUGGUGCUCAUGGCGUGGAAGUCGACGACGGACAUCUUCCGGCCCUCGUACGCGACGAUGGGCGUGUACAUCUCCGUGACGCCGUCGGGCUGCGGCUUCCUGGCCUGCGUGGCCCGCCGCGGCCGGCCGCCGAGCGUCGUCGUGCGCGCCGUCGCGCGCCGCUGGCGCACGUCCGCGGCGCCGCGGGCCUUGCGCUCCGCGGCGGACUCGGCCAUGGACGCGCGGCGCCGGUUCGAGGGCAGCGGCGGCGGCUUCGACGCGUCGCGCGGGGACGCGAGCUGCAGCGAGUCGCUCGAGACCCACUGCUCCAUGGGCGGGCUGAGGACACGCUGGCCCACGGGCGUCUUCGGGCGCACGGGCGUCUUCGGCCGGUCGCCGACGGGCGUCUUGGGCCGCUGGAUGAUGGCGCGGAAGGCGCCGCCGGGCGACCCGCCGAUGGUGAACGUGUCCGCGCCCGGCGUCGUGCGCGACGAGAACCAGCUCUCGAAGCAGGGCGACGAGUUCCAGCCCGAGUGGCUCGCGGCCAACGGCAACGUGUCGGCCUUCGGGAAGCUGCGCACGCUGAAAACCAUACUGCGAAACCUGCCCGAGGACGGCACGCCCCUGCUCUGCGGCUUCCUCGAGACGUUUAAGACGCCGACGAAGCUCGUCACGCUCGAGGAGCUCGCCAAGGAGAAGACCGUCGCCGUCGCCGCGACGCUGUCCAUGGCCGCCGCGCGCUACUACAAGGUGACCAUCCCGAACUACGCGCUCUUCAGCAACCACAGCGGCGCGCUCGAGACGGCCGUCUACCCGGGGGACCUCGACGACGCGGGCGACCUCGAGGACUGGGUCGAGCGCGAGAAGGGCAAACUCCGGGCGAGGCCCCGGGCCGCGGCGCCGGCCUGCGCGCCGGGCGACGCGGGCUGCGCGCCCGUCGCCGCGACGGACGCGGCCGCGGCGCACUCCGCGUCGACGGGGGAACUUUGA